AUGGAAAGAUGCUCCAUUCAUCCUAGUGAACGGAUACAGUUGUAUUGUAGAGAAUGUGAAAGGCCCGUAUGUAAUACUUGUGUUACAAACCGUCAUACUGGACACACAUUUAAGAAACUUACUGAAGUGAAGGGGGAAAUAAUCACUAAAGUAGGAGAAGCCAAAGAUGAAAGCGCCAGGACCAAACGAAAAUUAGAGCAACGUUUGAAAGAACUUCAAUCUGAAAUUGACAGACAGAAUGAAAGCUUUUCAAAAAAUUGCCAGGAAAUAGAAAAACGGAAGAAAGAGCUCAAAAGGUAUGUAGACAAAAAAUUGAAAAAAUAUGAAGAAGAGUGUCGGAAUCACCAUGAAAAAAACAUCAGUGACAUACAGAAAAAAUGUGUACACCUCAAACGGGAUAUUAAGAAACUAUCACAGUAUGAGACGACGUUGAAUAGACUUAAGAGCACUGACAAGGUCUCGGAUCUGAUCAGACAAUUCGAACUACCCAGGGCUCCAGUUACACAUGACAUUGGGGAUUUAGAAAUACCUCAACCGUGUAAAUUUGUUCCGGGAAAACAUUUUCCCAGGCAGGAAAUGUUCGGACAUGUCGAAGAACAUCCAGUAGAGGACCAUUAUAAAUCGAUAGCACAACCAACAGAUAAGGAUGGCGGUGCGUAUGCUUGCAUGACGCCAUCAAGCCGCAGCUCUUUUUCAGCGCCGUCAGAAUCAGCUAGUGAGAUAGAGACCGUUUAUGAUAGAGUAGGGCUUUUAAAUGCUACACAACAAGGAACUGUGGCAACGGCAAAUAUCAGGAGGGAAACAUCAUCCUAUAUAGUUCUGUCCGCGAAAAAUGACCUGUGUUGGGUUAAAUAUCAUAACCAAAACAAAAUAAAACUCGUCAACAGAAUUGGAAAAGAAAUCGAAGAACUGAAAUCAAUUUCUGAUAGAAUCAGUGGGGUUUCGUGUUACCAGGAUGAUAAACUACUUGUGUGUUUGCCAGAGAUGAAAAUCAUCCGACAAGUGGAUAGAUACCGCUCUGUCGACUUCAUCAGCACAGGAGAGUUUAUACCAAAAUGUGUGUGUUCCUUUCGCUUCGAUGACACCAUGAUUUUUGUCAUUUUAGAAAAUCCGAGCUCAUGCCAUGGUCCUGCAAGCUGCGAACUAGUUAAGUACAAAAAGACAGUCGAGGAAAUGCGAGCUAGAAAGGACCAGUUUGGAAAUGAUCUGUUCUAUAGCUCGGACAAAAUAUCUGUCAACCGGACAAGAAAUAGAAUGGCAGUUAUCAACAAUUGUGGUCCAUCCAGAACGCACCUGGUCAUCUUAGAAACUAAGGAUUUGAAGCUGUCGUGGCGCUAUUUCGGUGAUGGCAGGGCAUACGAUGGACAUGCAAAUAUCGAUCCACAUUUACUUCAGAAAGACACAAAUAUGUGCCUAACGGACGUAGCAUUCGAUAACAAUCAAAACAUAGUCAUAGCAGAUAGACUUUCCAAGACCGUGAAACUCCUGAAUCAAAACAUGGAGCCACUAAGCGUUCUUGGCACUUUCAACGAGUCCCCAAUGGCACUCGCCAUGGACAAUAUAAGUCUCUGGAUAAUGUUUGUCAGUGGCAACUUAAGUGUUGUGAACCACAGAGUGCCGUCAUCAAGCCAUUGA